CCCACCCCUGCAGCCAAGGCCCCCGGCCGGUCCUCCGGGCCGCAAGGUGGGCGCUGUUCCCGCGGCGCGUCUCGGGCGGCUGCACGUGGGUGUCGGUCCCGACCCAGGGUCCCCGCUCCAUGUUCGCGGAGCAGGGCUGGAACGAUGCGGUGGAGCCGCGGGGCUCGGGCCUGCCGGGCCCCGCGGCGGGGAAGAGGCGGCUGUCCGGGAGCGGCUGGGACGGCGAGGCGGUGCGGACGGCCCCGGAAGCGGAGGAAGGCCGGCGGGCCGCGGGCUGUGACGGGGGACYUCCCGGCCGGUCCCGAGGAGCCCCGGGAAAGUGGGCAGCGCCCGGACACAGGUGGCCCGACUGAGCCGGCGGGGCUGAGCCGGAGGCAGCGACGGAACCGGCAGAAGCGGCAGCGGCAGCAGGAGCCGCCGGCGGGGUUGAACGCAAAGCGGGGCUCGGGUCCGGGCCCCCCGGACCCGCCGAGCCCCGCGGAGGCUCCUCCGGAGCCCCGCUCGGGCCGGUCGGCGGCGCUCCGCGCGCGAAUGGAGGAGCGGCUGCUCGGCGCCCGGUUCCGGUAUCUGAACCAGCAGCUCUACACUGGGAGCAGUCAGGACGCGGCGGAGCUCUUCCGCGCCGACCCCGCCGCUUUCCACCUGUACCACCGGGGCUUCGAGCGGCAGGUGCGGCGCUGGCCCGAGCGCCCCGUGCAGCGCAUCGUGCGCUACCUGCGCCGCCGGCCCGCAUCGCUGGUGGUGGCGGAUUUUGGGUGCGGGGACUGCACGCUGGCCGCCAGUGUCAAGAACCAGGUGCACUGCUUCGACCUGCUGCCACUGAGUCCGCGGGUCACCGUCUGUGACAUGGCAAAGGUGCCCCUGGCAGCUGAGUCGGUSGAUGUGGCUGUGUUCUGCUUGGCGCUGAUGGGCACCAACCUGCAGGAGAUCCUUGGAGAGGCCAACCGUGUGCUCAAGCUCAGGGGCACCCUGAUGGUGGCCGAGGUGGCCAGCCGCUUUGAGGACAUCCGUGCCUUCCUGAAGGCCAUGAUGCAGCUGGGCUUCAGGACUGUCUCCAAGGACCUCUCCAGCUCCUACUUCUACCUGUUGGAGUUCGCCAAGACAGGCCCGGCCCGGCCGGACCCCGUUCCCGGGCUGCGCCUGCUGCCGUGCCUGUACAAGCGGCGGUGACCGGGAGGGGCGGGGCCRCGCUGCUYGGCCCCGCCCCUCCCGCCCUCGGCCCCGCCCCUCCCGCCCUCGGCCCCGCCCCUCCCGCAAUCACCAAUAAAGCCGCUG